UCCCUCUCAGGGAUUUAGGAAUGUGGAGACCAGCAGCUACGUCACCCGCAAAUCGCCUGGGGUCCCGUCGAUGGAAAACUUUUAAAAAGGCUCUAAACCAACAAUAAAAACUCACAUUGGACGCCCGUCGCUGUCUCCAUGGUAACGCGGCGGACGCCCUGCCUCGCCGUUGUCGCUUUGAGCUGCCUGCAAGGAGGCGGAACCGGAGAGGAACGACGGAUCUAGGAUUUCUACUCCCCGGAUUAAAGGCAGAAUCGGUGUGAGAUGGUAAGGAGAGCAGGGCUGGAUGAGGACAGCUGCAGCAGAGCCAUUUCACGACGGUGUAUACUACCCGUACACCAGUGACACCCAGGGGACCCAUUCAUCUGCAGGGAUCCCCUCCCUCCUGAACUCACCGCUCAGCCAGCACUCCGUAAACGGCCACGCCAUGACUCCUUCCAGCGGCGUCUCUACUGUCCUCCCCUUCAAGUUCCGCCCCCGCCGGGAGAGCGUGGACUGGCGGCGGAUCAAUGCUGUGAACAUAGAUCUCAUAGUGAGCCAACUGGACGUGGACGCCCUUCAGGAGCACAUCGGCAUGGUAACCUUCUGCAGCUUGGAUGGAGAGCGGUGCCAGCGGUGCCAGAGCCCCGUGGACCCGGCUCUGGUCAAGCUCCUGCAGCUGGCUCAGCUCACCGUGGAGUGGCUCCUCCACUGUCAGGAAUUCCUCAGCCUCAACCUGCGAGCAGCAGAGGAGCGGUUGUCGGCAGCCGGCAGGGAGCACGAGCAGCUGCUGGCUCAGCAGAAGAAGCAGGAGGAGAAGGUGACGGUGCUGAGCACCGAGCUGAAGCAGAGGAAGAAGGUGAUUCGCACCCAGCAGUCCCUGCUUGCUCCACGAAUCAUCAGCAGCCAGAAGUGUCAACAUUGUGAUAAAUCCUUCCUGAAUGCCUCGUUUCUUCAGAAUCACAUGCAGCGUCGGCACCCAGACGAGUAUCAGAUCCAGCUGCAGUCUGACAGCGAGAAGAAAUCUCAGAUUGACAGCCUCAAAGUGGAGAUCAGCAGCCUGAAGGAGCAGAUCGCUCAGCAGCAGCAGGCCUUGCAAACCAAAGUAGUUCAGGAGAAGGAGCAGCAGUCGAUGCAGAAAGACCUGCUGAGGGAGCUGGAUCGGUUCAAGGCGGAGGAGAUGGCGCGAAUGGACAGGAAGUUAGAGGACAGCAGGGACGGCAUACGCAGGGAGAUGGAGUUCCUUUACAGCCGAAACAUUCAAGCUCUCAAUGAAGUCAAUCAGAAUCAAACAGCCAAGCGUGAGAAAGCAGCCAGUCCUGUGAGCUCUCAGCCGGAGAAAGAUGUGGACGUCUACAAGGAGAUGUAUGUCCAAUCCGUCCAAAAGCUGGAGCACCAGAUGAAGAAGCAGGAUAAAAAGUGGGAAUCUAGACUGCAAGACAUUAACACCCAACACGAGACUGAAAAGAACCAGUUGCGGAACGAGCUGAGCAGGAUGCAGUCGUCCGUGUCGGAGCACCGGGAUUGCAGCCAGAGGCUACAGCAGCUGGAGAGGAGGCUGCAGGAGAAGGAGCAAACCAUCAAGACUCAGAGGGAGCAGAUAAAAAGUAUCUCCUCCAAUCCACCCACCAAAGUAGUGGAAGUUCCAGUGGCUGUCAGUGCACCGGUACAGGAGCUGAAACAAAAGAAAGUUGUACUCGAGGAACCAGUCUCUGCUUUAAAGCUGGAUCCUAUACAGGAGUUGUCAGAAGAGGAGAAAGACUCCAGCAGCAUCUCUGAGAGGAGGCCUGUGCAGAAGAAGCCUGAACCCGAGAGGAAACCGAGGACUGACAGCAGCACUCUGAAGAAAAACCCCAACAUCAAGAAGGAGAUGCGGCCAAACAUCGAACACUCUGUCAUCAAGAAGCUGGAGAGUCUGGGGGUCAAAUCUGACCAGAGCGGCCUGAAGAAGACCGAGUUCAACUCUGUCCUGGCCAAGGUGCAGUCGAAGAGGGAGAGCGUCGCCAAGACGAUGCCCGAUUACUGGCGUCAUCGGGAGGAGAUAGUCAGCAUGGUGGAGGAGAAGCUGGGUGGGCCGAGAAGCAGCGAUCUGGCUCCAGAACCACAGACCAGAUCCAAACAAGCGUUCCAGAUCCGGCCGAGGUCCAGCAGCCUGCCCUCCAGGGCCAGCCAGGCUGCAUCUGGACCUGCCAUCAAACAGCCCAAAACCCCGCAGCCAGCACCCAGGUCCAGAACCACCAUCCAACCCAAGACGUCCACGCCCAACUCCAAGACAGUUUUCAGGGUCAGAAAUAGGACUCCUCCCUUCAGCUCAGAGGAGGAAUCUGAGGAGGAAGACACAGAGGAGGAGGAGGAGCCCCUGAAGCAGCUGACGGGCAAGUCAGCAAAGUCCAGGUUUAACCAGGCGACUCCGGUCCAAGUCAGAGCUCACCACACCGGUCCGGUUCUGACCAGGCAGGCUGCAGUCAGACAGUCCUCCACCUCUGAAACCUCAGUGGGAGGCACGACCAGGACGGCAGUCACUAAGAUGGAGAGCGACGAAGACGAGGAUGAGUGGUCAGACAUCAGCGAGCUGCAGGAGAUCGAUCCAAAACAGCUUCAGGGUCACAAAGACCUGAAUGGAAAUGUGGAAAAGAGAACCUACGGCAAAGAGAACAAAAUUAAUGACUUGGCCAGAAAGAUGGAGAAGCAGUUUGCAGAGCGAGUGGUGAAGAAACCAGCAGGGGGCGUCAGCAUCUUAGCCGAGAGGAAGGACGAGGUUCAGGAUCUCCUGUACACAGAUCUCGAGGACAGCAGCGAGUGGGUGGUCUCCUCCUUAGAGGACAGACAGGAAGCAUCUAGACCAGCACCUGUCCACGGUUCUGGGUCCACGAGAAAGAGCCUGGACUCACCCAGCACCAGCAUCUGGGGAACCUCCACAGGAAAGGCUCCUAAAUCAGCAGGUCUGACUGAAGCUGGAACAGGAAGCACCCUGAAGAGCAGCCUGUUGUCUCUCGGUGACAUCAGUGACUCAUAAACAGUAAAUAUCUGUAACAGCAACGUAGCGUACACAAACACCUCCAAUAAAAAUCCCAAAGAGCCAUAUUUUACUUAUAAAGGAAAGCAAUACGACAGGGAGAGCUGCUCAGAUUUUAGUAGAGAAAAGAUGUCGAAAAACAUGUUAGAAACACAUGAAAUCAGUUUUUCUUUACAGCUUCACUUCAUGUCGCGUGCCAACGCUUCGUUUGCCUCAGAUGUUUUCACGUGAUUCUUUUUCUAGUUUUUUACACCUUUUUGUUAAAUUGUAUGUCAAAUUUUAUACAUCUAAUUUUAUAUUUCUGUGUGAUGUUGUAUAAAAGUAUUUA